AGUCUCUCUUUCUCCCCACCCCAAAAAAAAGACUUCCCCCAACCCAACCCUAAGUAUAUAAAUAGAACUUCUCCCAAAUCCACGAGUUUGUACGUCAUUUCUCAAUUUUAGGCCGCAGACCAACAAAGCGGAAAAUUCGCCAUGGGGAGAAGACCUGCUAGGUGCUAUCGUCAAAUAAAGAAUAAGCCAUACCCAAAAUCACGGUUCUGCCGUGGUGUGCCAGAUCCCAAGAUCAGGAUUUACGAUGUAGGGAUGAAGAAGAAGGGAGUUGAUGAGUUCCCUUUCUGCGUGCACUUGGUCAGUUGGGAAAAGGAAAAUGUGUCUAGUGAAGCACUUGAAGCUGCUCGUAUUGCCUGCAAUAAGUACAUGACUAAGUUUGCAGGAAAGGAUGCUUUCCACCUGAGGGUCCGUGUGCACCCUUUUCAUGUGUUGCGAAUUAACAAGAUGUUGUCAUGUGCUGGAGCUGAUAGGCUCCAAACUGGUAUGAGGGGUGCUUUUGGCAAGCCUCAAGGGGUUUGUGCCCGUGUUGCUAUUGGCCAGGUGCUCCUCUCUGUUCGCUGCAAAGAUAGCAACAGCCACAAUGCGCAGGAAGCAUUGCGCCGUGCAAAGUUCAAAUUCCCUGGCCGUCAAAAGAUUAUUGUCAGCAGGAAAUGGGGGUUCACUAAACACAGCCGCACUGAUUACCUGAAGUGGAAAUCUGAGAAUCGGAUUCUAUCUGAUGGUGUGAAUGCUAAGCUUCUGGGAUGUCAUGGACCACUGGCUCUGCGUCAACCAGGAAGAGCAUUUUUAUCUCAGGCUGAAUCUGCCUAGGAUAACGAAGAGAUAUGGUGGUGAUCGGCUCCAUCUUCUUCACAUUUAGUUUUUGAGUUAUGCUGUUAUUUCUGAGACUUCAAAUACUUGCUUUUUAAAUAUUUCAUCCUUUUUUUGGAUGAAGUGUAGGAGCUUGAUUGUGUUAAAUUUCUGAUACAUUUGUCAAUAUUUAUUUCCUGGUGUGAGGUAUUUAUUCUGUGGUACUUUGAACAGUUUAAUUACCCUUUUUAAUGUGAUGUAACUUUGUUAGUGUUGGAACA